CAGCAUCGGUGCUGACUCGGCAUUGGAAGGUUUAACAAACCACCACCACUCCGCCGCCAUUGGUUUCGGAUGGCACUCAAUGUGGCGGACCCUCCGCAUGAACGGGCAAACGGAGUGGAAGUAGGUAGGGAGAGUGAGGAGAAAGCAGUUUCGGAAAGGCCCAGAGACUGCGGAACCUUGGCUGUGUGAUAGUUGUACUGUGGGACCGUUUUAGCGUAACUCCAUGAUGGCAUCUCUGGUGGAAGCACGUGUGCAGUCAUCUGAUGAUGCAGAGCCUCAGUUGGGUGACAACGACCAGAGUGAUUCUGACAGAGGGAGCAGUGACGAAAGAUCAGAUAAUGGAGGAGAAAACGACAGAGGUGGCCAUGGAGUGGGUAAUGAGGAGGAGGCACAGGAUGAAGAUGGAGGAGAGGAUGACAGUAAAAGUAACACUGGCUGGGCAGAGGCCAUGGCAAAAAUCUUGGGGAAGAAAACCCCUGAGAACAAAAGCAGCAUCCUGGUGAAGAACAAAGAGCUGGAAAAGAUAAAGGAGAAAGAAAGACAGGAGCAGCUGGAGAGACAGAAACAGGUUAACAAGAAGCGAGCGUGGGAGAUGAUGUGCAGGGAGAAGCCUGACAUAGUGAACGACCGUGAGACUGAAAAAGCUCUACAGAGAAUUGCUACCAGAGGGGUGGUGCAGCUGUUCAACGCUGUGAGGAAACACCAGAAGACAAUCGAUGCCAAGGUGAAGGAAGUUGGUGGCUCAGAGAGGAAAAAGGCCAAGUUUCUGUCGGGUGUCUCUAAGAAAGACUUCAUUGAUGUGCUGAGAAGGACAGAGGGAGGCAGGGGAGUCUGCGGCAACACUGAAAAGGAUGCUACUGCUGCAGCAGAGGAGAAGCCCGCCUGGAGCGUCCUCAGAGACGAUUUCAUGAUGGGAGCCACCAUGAAAGACUGGGACAAAGACAGUGACCGAGAGGAGGCUGAUACACACUUAGCGGAGGGGGGGGGGCAUUCAGAGUGACACCAGGGACAGUCUGCGGAAUAGAACUGCACCAGGAAAUGAACACAUGGGAAAGUAAUUAACCAGAUGAAGUGUGUGGACUGCAUAAGGAGAAUUAAUCUGGAAAUUGUCCUUUACUGAUUGUUCACACAAGGAAACCUAGUAUGUCACAUUCUGAUGUGUUGCUGAAUAAACAAGGGAAAGGCUGUAAAACAUGCUGUGAAGAAUUAACCUGUGAAAUAAGCUGUAACAGAUAUUGAGGAAGCCCGUGCUGCUGCUCACUCCUUCCUUCCAUCAUGGAAUCAGCAUUCAUUUGCUGACUUUUCUAUAAAUAGGAAUCUUUGGUAACACACUAUGUGAAUAAACAGCCAGUUCAUGGAUUGCCUUCACUA